GUUAGGAAAACAUGUCAAGGAAUUCAACGAUUAUAAUGUAUACUUAAAAGUAAGAUGCACGAUUAUUCGGUAGUACCAUUGCUGUAGAUUAUGGCAUGAUGAGUGGAUGAGACUCUGCACGAAACUUGUGCGUGCCUGAGGCGUCAACUUAUGAGCUGGUUCUCUAACAAACUUUACUUUUACCUCACCUUGAUCGACUCUGUCACGGCCGACUCCAACAACCUCCUUCUUCAAAUUCAUCUAUCAACGUCUUCUUACGCGAGGCAAUCUCCAUCUCAUCACGGUGCUGUCUUGGGUCUGUCUCUGCCAGAUGAAGCAGCCAGGCUUCGCGACGUGUGUGCAGAAAGCCUGAACGAGCUUUACCAGUGCGCUAUUCUAUAUUUACGCUAUUCGAAAGCGUCGUGCCUUUAGCACUGUCCCAAGCGUCUACGUCUACCGCAACUUUUCGGCCGGUGUCUCGAGCCUCGACAUUUGCGGCGGUCUGGGUCCAUGUGUAGACGACAGCCAGAA